AGCAGAGAAUGGAGAGAGCGGGGGGAGUUGAGAGAGUGGAGGGAGUGGAGGAGAGAGUGGAGAGAGCGGGAGGAGCAGAGGGAGCAGAGGGAGCGGAGGGAGCGGAGGGAGCAGAGGGAGCAGAGGGAGCGGAGGGAGCAGAGGGAGCAGAGGGAGCAGUGGGAGGAGCAUUCCCCGUGCGGCGCGUGGAGAUCAGCGUGUGCGAGCCGGAGCGGCGUGCCGACGGCCGCGAGGUCUUCACCGUCUACCUGGUGGAGAGCCGCGCGGGCGAGGGGCCCCCGCCGCGCUCGCUGUGGCGCCGCUACAGCGAGUUCGAGCUGCUGCGCCGCCACCUGCUCGCGGCGUUCCCGCACGUCGUGGUGCCUCCGCUGCCGGAGAAGCGCGCCGAGUUCGCGUGGCAGAAGCUGUCCUCCGACAACAUGGACCCCGACUUCGUGGAGCGGCGGCGCGCCGGCCUCGAGGCCUUCCUGCUGCGCGUGGCGUCGCACGCGGAGUUGGCGCGCGACGCCGUCUUCUCCGCCUUCCUCGUGCGGGAGCGCGGCUGGAGGGAGGCCGCCGGGGCCGCCGGCUCGCGGGCGGUCGCCGACUCCCGCCCGGUCGGGGCCCCGGCGGCCGCCCCCCCCCCGCGCGUCGAGAUCCCCGACCGGCGCUUCGCCGAGCUCGAGGCGUACGCCGAGGAGCUGCGGGCGGCGAUCGGCGCCAUCCUGAAGGCGCGCGCCCGCGCCGCCGACCGCCUGUACGGCGUCUACAAGGUGCACGCCAACUACGGGCGCGUCUUCAGCGAGUGGAGCGCGCUGGAGCGGCGCGAGACGGGCGACGGGCUGCAGAGCGCCGGGCACCACAUGGACGCCCACGCCGCCUCCGUGGACGACCUGCUGGAGGAGGAGGAGCACUACGCCGACCGCCUCAAGGAGUACCUGCGCUUCGCCGACGCGCUGCGCCGCGUGUGCCGCGAGGCCGAGCUGCGGCGCGCCGGCGUGGAGGCGCUCGCGAGGGAGCUGGCGCUCGAGAAGCGGCGGCGCGACGAGCCGGCGGGCGGCGCCGCGCGCCCCUUCUCGCUGCGCGGCGUCGCCGGGAAGCUGUUUGGGCGCGAGGCGGCGGAGGCGCGCGAGGCUCGCGCCGAGCGGCUCGGGGCGCGCGUGGCGCUCGACGAGGCGGCGCUGGCGGAGAGGGAGGCGGAGGCGGCGGAGUUCUCGCGGCGCGCCGCCGCCGACGUCGCCCGCUUCCAGCGGCAGAAGGUGCGCGACGUGCGCGAGGCGCUCGUGGGCUACGCCGUCACGCAGAUCGGGGUGUGCAAGAAGGGCAUCGGCGUGUGGAGCAACGCCAAGGAGUCCUUCGGCAAGAUGUAACUCUUCCCCCUCGCCGACUCCUCCCCCUCGCCGACUCCUCCCCCUCGCUGUUUUCCCGUCGACUCCGCUCGUUGAUUUCUCCACCGAUGUUCAGGGACUCGGCCUCGCGGACGCCGCCCGUUUGAUCUCAUCUCAUCCGCACAGCGUUGAGGGCACCACCCGGCUGCGGGUCACGACGCUUCUCCUGUUGCUUGCUCCUCUCCUCGACGCUGCCGCCCCUCACACCCGCGACCGACUAUGGACUUGACUGCCAUUGGCUCAUUUCAAGAAACGUCCUUUUUGUUGCUGGCCCGCUUGAAGAUUUGUGCCUUUGGGCUUCUUGCUCAGCAACUGCGUUAAACAAAAACAGAGACACACACACGUCUUCACACACACGUCUUCACACACACACAUACGUCUUCACACACACACACAUCUUCACACACACACACACGUCUUCACACACACACACGUCUUCACACACACACACGUCUUCACACACACGUCUUCACACACACACGUCUUCACACACACACGUUUUAACACACACAUGUCUUCACACACACGUCUUCACACACACACACGUCUUCACACACACACGUCUUCACACACACACACAGGUCUUCACACACACACACAGGUCUUCACACACACACACACACGUCUUCAGACACACACACUCAUCUUCACACGUGCAAGCUCACCCAUUCCCUCGUGUGCUCACUGACUCGCUAACGGGACCAGUGCAUUGUCCCCCCCCCCCCUCCACUGCUGCUGCGGGUGGAGUCUCACCUGCACCCGAACAGCGCCAGGCCGGGGUUCCGUAUUUACUGGAGUGGGGGGGGGGGGGUGACGAAGCAUCGAUUGGGCGAAUUAAAAUGGAUUGAAUCAUGCCUACGAUGACACGCAUUGCACAUUGUGCACGUGAGAGUGGGUCACGCUUGGGGCGCGUGAUGGGUCCGUUUGGUGAAUGCUGCCGCCAGAAGGCGGCUGUGGCUACGUUCACCGCGAUGUGUAAAAUUAACAAAUAGAAACGUGAUUAGAAUUGGGACCCCCCCCCCCCCCCCCACGAAUCGUAACAAUUCAUCGAAUGUCGAGCACACGAAUCCUUGUGCGCGCCUGCAGACUGCCCGUCGUAGGGGACAGACACGCCGGCUGCGGAUCUCUGUCCCUGCACGCUCCGAGUUGAGAGCACCACGCAUCCCGGCGGGCACGCGGACCUUCUGUUUGUGCGCAGUUUCGGUGGCGUUGGUUCGACACGCGCAAACUUUGGACCGGUUUGUGCCAUUCGCUGUCUCCGUCGGCCGAGUCCGGUUUGCUUGAACCAAUUCUGGCGAGCUGGCAGAUGCUUGGAGGCGGCAGGGUCCCUCUCAUCCGUGUUAGAUACGGGGGAGGGGGGGGGACCCUGCUUUGAUGCCCGGCCGAUGGUUGCGGACUCCCCGUGUGACGUUCACACGCGACUGUACCGAGCCGGGCUCCCAAGCCGGAGCCUCAGCGUGGCUCCGGCUUGCGGCUGGAGGGAAAGCCGGCCACUGCGAGCCCCCUCGGGUGUUGAGAGAGAGAAAGCAGAGUGCGGGUUGGGGCUCUGGUGCUCACCAACCCACCCCACCCCCCACGCUGCCUCCUCCUCCAACACUCUGGAUGGGUCCAUGCCCCCUGAGUGGGGGACGUGGCCUUGCCUCCGUGCACCCACAGGCGAGCCCUCCACAUGUGGGGACACGGAUGGUUCAUCCACACGCACGGUCGUCGCCUCCAUGCGCACAGACGAAUCCUUCACAAGACAAAGACCCCCCGUGUAGCCUCUUACCAGGGCUGGUGGGGUGUAAGCGCUGUUAGCGAGCGUGCGAGAAGGGGCACAACGGCACGCAAGCGGGCUGGAUGGGCAGCACCACACCCGGGCCGCCUUUUGGCUUCACUACAAGCACCACACCAGGUGCUUGUCAGCGCACACACACACCGUGGGUGUGUUUUGUGUUACCUGUGGGGAGGCGUCUGUGAGGCGGCCCCAUAUUCGCGCAUCACAAGCCUCGUCGGCAGGGAAUCACUCGCUGGGUUGCUCUGCCCAGCCAGUGGGCUCAGACCGCGUGGCUUUGCCACCGCACGCGGUGACCUCCGCCAGUGACCUCGGAGUCGUGGACGCUGCGUCUGGGUGGGAGGUGGAGGCUGCGUAUGACACCACCCACCUGCAGAGCUCCCACGUGCGCAGAGGUUUGCUGCACCGCGGAAUCUCGAGAGAGGUCCCCGGCCACCGCUCGUUGGAUUCUCUCCGGGUCCUGCAGGACCCUGCAGGGUGCUGCAGGGUGCUGCAGGGUGCUGCAGGGUCCUGCAGGGUCCUCUCCGCGUGCGCAGAAACACUUCACCUCAUUGAAGAAUGAAAAAGCAAAUUUCCAUCGGCACUGCGUAUUUCACGCACGUUGAACUUCUUUCGCGCCGUACGUAGCCAACCGUGCUAAUCGGAGGUGCGGGGGAAGAGUGGCAAUCGUGGAGCAUGCCCGCGUCUUGCUGCUGCGCCUGCUGCUGCUGCUCCUGCUGCUGCUGCUCCUGCUGCAGCUGCUGCUCCUGCUGCAGCUGCUGCUCCUGCUGCAGCUGCUCCUGUUGCUGUGCCAGGGUGCCCCCUGCACGGGCGGUGCGGGGCCUUUUGCGUCGCCCGCAGACGAAGCCGUCCCAGCCGACGCCACGGGUUGUUUGUCGGCAAGUUUGGCGACACAUUCCGAGCGCUUCGUGCUUCUCCGGCGCCUUGUUUGCUGGAACCCGGCAUCGUCGGUGGGAGAGGGGAGAGGCGCGGUCCGCGUGACAGCCGCGUGCAGGAUGCAGGAUGUGGACAGACCCGGCGGGGCGCUGUUGGAAGACCCGCGGUGUCCACGUGCCGGGCACGAGCUGCGUGUGUCUCUGUUGCGUGUCCGUGCCUCUGCGGCAGCGUGCUUGGGGGGGGCGACGGUCGUGAGAGGCGGGUCGCGGUUCUUUUGAUUCGACUAAUCAUGCCCGAUUCUAAAGCUCGUAGAUGCGCACUCGAUGACGUUUUGUUGUUGUUCAUGCAAUGCCGGCACGUCGAUAAUUGUUUCAGCGGUGUUUGAUUGCGAUGUCUGAUGAUCCGCGCUUCAUGGGCCCCUGUGAAGCUUUUCGCUGAAAAUAAUAAUAAUCUGUCGCGCGCGCACGUGCGUCCUUCGCAAUGCCAUGAUGUUGAUUCUCGAUCCAGUAAAACAAAGCAAGUGUG